AUGGUGUGCGACCCCGCGUCGGGCAAGGUGGUGGGGCUAUCGCUGCCGGAGAUGGGGCUGUCGGGGCAGCUGCCGGGGGAGAUGGCGCAGAUGAGCGACGUCACGAGCAUCGAGGUGCCGCGGAACUACCUGCAGGGCGACAUCCCCAACACCAUCAACAACCUCGGCAAGCUCCAGGUGGCGGACCUGGCGGGCAACGGCAUAAGCGGGCAGAUCCCGGACCUUUCGCCCAUGCGCGCGCUGCGCGUGCUGCUGCUGGACGGCAACCAAUUGCAGGACGCCGUGCCCUACACCAUCACCGCGCUCUCCAACCUGGAGCAGCUGGGUCUGAGCAGCAACACUCUGGCCGGCGCACUGCCGUCCUCGCUGUCAGCGCUGACGCGGCUGACGUGGCUGCGCGUGGACGGCAACCAGCUCGUGGGGCCGCUGCCGCCCGGGCUGGCGGCCAUGGCGAGCGCGCCUGGCGCCGUGUUUAACCUCACUGCCAACGACCCCACCCUGUGCGGCAAGGAGCCAUGUCCCGGCGUGGCACUAACACCACCACCUGACGCGGCCCCCCCGACACUUGCCGCGCCCUCUGCUGCUCCCCCUUCCCUCCCGCCGCCACUGGCUUCCCCCUCCACUCCUGCCCCAAAAUCCCCCCCAAGCGCUCCCCCUCCCACAAACGCACUCCCCCCCGACUCCCCUCCGCCUUCCUCCCCUUCCCCCGCGCCAACCUCUCCCCCUUCCUCACCCCCGCCUAGCCCGCCCCUGACUCCCACCCCGCCCUCAUCCCCGUCGCCCUCUCUCUCUUCCCCCCCUCCUUCUGAUCCCUCCUCAUCCCCCUCAUCCCCCGCACCCCCCUCCUCCCCCUCCACCCCUCCCACCUCCUCCACAUCUGCUGUUUCGGAACCAUCAUCCAUUCCACCACCUAACACAACCACCACCACCACCACCACCACUGGCAGCAGCAGCAGCGGCAACAGCGGAGGGAGUGGUGGCAUAAGCGUGGGCGUGGUGGUGGGGAUCAUAGCAGCGGUGGCAGUGCUAGCCGUUGCCCUCCUCCUCUUCGCCUUCCUCUGCCUGCGCAAGCCCAAGCACCCAUCCGCCCCCUCUUCCGCCUCUGCCACCGCCACCGUUGCAGCAGUAGGUGGUGCAGGUGCUGGUGCUGGGAGGGCUGGGGGAAAUGACGCGGAUGAGAAGGGGCAAGAGGGCAGGAUGGAGAGGGGGGAGUUACCGAUAACAGGCUCUUUUAUCAAGUAUCUCCCCCCUCAGCAUGCAAUUUCGUCUGCCCCCCCUCCGCCGCCUUCCCCUGCUGUUCAGCCGGGAGGGGGGGAUAGGGGCCGCCCUGCACCCGCUGCAGAGGGGGAAGGGGGGGAGCAGGGGACGAAGGGGAAGCGGGACGGGGCGGGAAGUGGGAGGCGAGGAGGGGAGGGGGAGAAGGGGAAGGGAAGCAAGGCGGAUGGGAGGGAUGAGGAGGAGGAGGCUGCAGAUCAUGGUUAUGAUGGGGAGAAGGACAGUGAGAGAGGGUUGCUACUGCCGCCUCUCCCGCCCCCUGCCAUCCCCUUCACUGCCUCUUCCCCCUUGCUCGCCCCCAUCCCUCCUCCGCCCAUCCCCACAUCUUCCCCUGUAUCUGCCACCGCUACUGCUGCAGCUGCUGCUGCUUCAGCUGCUGCCGUAUCACCAAAGUAUGGUGUGCCUUCACGUGCUGAUCCUUCUGCUGCUCUCCCCUCCUCUCCCUCAGCUCCCUCUGCUCCCUCUGCGGCACUGCAAGGCACGUCGCCUCGUUCCAUCCCAUCCUCCUCCUCCCACACCCCAUCUCCCAAGCCCACGCCUCUUCUCUCAUCCGCCACCCCAUCCCCCCCCAUCGUCAUCCCCCCUGUCGUCCCCCUGCCCUCCCUCCGCUCCCUCGCCCACCACCGCUCCCCCCUCGCCUCCCAGGCCGCAGCAACAGCAGCAGGGGGAGCAGGAGGGGUAGGGAUGCAACCACACACCCCGCCCUCUUACUAUCUCUCUGGGAGUCCCAAGUCUGGUUCUCCUCACACGCCCUCCUCGCUUCUCCCGCCUGCUGCACUCCCUGAUUCCGCCACUGCUGCUGCUGCUGCUGCUGCUGCUGCUGCUGCUGCUGCUGCUGCUGCCGGCGUUGCUGCAGUUGGCACAGCAGCAGCGGCUGGGUUGCGAGGGGCAUCGAUUGAAGAAGGUGCAGGGGAGGCAGGGACGGGAGAAACAGGGGCAGCAGCGGCAGCAGUUGCUGUAGCAUCUAGCCGCCUGCCAACGUAUGGCGGCGCGGGCCGGGCUUUAAGAGCCGCCGAUCUUGAAGGGGAUAGUGAGAGCGGCGCGGAGGGAGGAGGGAGAAAAGGUGAAGGAGGAGUGGGAGGGGGGGUGUGGAGCAGUGGUGAGGAUGAGAGCAGCGCUUGGAGUGAGAGCGACGGGAGUGUGAUCGAGGGAAGGAGAGGGAAGCUGGGCCGCUCUGUGUCAGAAGUCAGUGGGAGGACGUGGGCCGCUGGAGGAGCGCGAGGGGGAGGAGGAGAAGGCAGAGAAACAGCAGGAGAAGCAGCAACAGCGCUGGUGGGAGGAGGAGGCAGAGGAGGAGCAGCAAGAGGAGGAGGAGGAGCAGCAGGAGAGACGGUUGGUGGGGCUGGGGAAACGGAGGGAGACGAGGCGAGCAGUGAGGAGAGCGAGAGCGGUGGGAGCGGCAGGGGAGUGGCGGAGAAGGUGUUUUCGUUGGCGGAGCUGGCUCUGGCCACCAAUGACUUUGGGCGUCAGGGGCAGAGGAACCUGCUGGGCGCAGGGAGGCAUGGCGUGGUGUACAAGGCACGGCUGCCAGACGGCACUACGGUGGCUGUCAAGCGACUCACCAACUGCAAUCCGGACCAGUCAGAGCGGGAGUUCCGGUUCGAGGCGGAGGCAGUGGCGAGGGCGCGGCAUCCCAACAUAGUGGCGCUGCUGGGGUGCUGCGCCCAGGGCUCUGAGCGCCUGCUCGUCUCCGAGUUCGUCCCUAACGGCACGCUGCACUCCUGGCUCCACGCCCCUGCUGCUGCUGGUCCUCCUGGUUCUGCAGCUGCUGGUGGUGCUGGUGCUGAUGGUGGUGGUGGUGCGGGUGAAUCCGCCGCGUGUGCGCCGCUGGAUUGGAAGCUGCGCGUUCACAUCGCCCUGGGAUGUGCCCGCGGGCUAGCAUACCUGCACGAGGGGGCAGACGUGCGCGUGGUGCACCGGGACGUGAAGGCGUCCAACGUGCUGCUGGACGCGCAGUGGAACCCCAAGCUCGCUGACUUCGCCCUCCCCGCCAUCUCCGGCCGCCUCCACUCCCACGCGCCUUCCCGCCUCCUCGGCACCGUCGGGUACGUGGCGCCAGAGUAUAUCAACACGGGGCUGCUCACGGAGCGCAGUGACGUCUACAGCUUUGGCGUGUUGCUGCUGGAGCUUGUGGCAGGCCGCAAGCCCAUCGACACACACCUCUCGCCUGAACAGGUGGACAUAGUGCGGUGGGUGAAGCGGCUGGCAGCAGAGAACCGGCUGGCAGAGGCAGUGGAUGGGAGGAUAGCGGGGCAGGCGGGGGCGGACGAGGUGGAGUACGUGGUGGGCGUGGCGCUGCGCUGCGUGGACGGCAACGCUCUCAAGCGCCCCCGCAUGCGCCAGGUCGUGGCCAUGCUGGAGACAGAGGAUCCCACGCUGGUGAGACGGGGUGGUCUAGUGCGUCCAGCAAUAACCACACCUCCCACUCUCCCCCGCCCCACCCUCCACCACGACAGCGAGACGGCUGGGUGGCACGGCGGCCAACCAUGCUGUCCUCGCGCUCCAUGCGAGACCACAGCCCCACCUGCGCUUAAAGCAGGAGGGAUGGUGCCAGUGGGGGGUGUGAGUGGCACAAGCAGCAGCAGCAGCCCGGAUGGAGUGGGGUACGGUGGGGGAGGCAUUGUGGGGGGUAGUCCAGGGAAAUACAGCAGCCCUGGAGGGAAAUAUAACAGUCCCGGGAAAUACGGAAGCCCUGGGAAAUACGGGAGUCCUGGUAGCGCAACCGGCAGUAUGUCCAGUGCUGCUGCUGCCGCUGCCGCUGCUGGUGCUGGUGCUGCGGGCACGUACUCUCCAGCUGCCCUUAUACCUGUGCAUGCUGGGCUGCGCACGAGCGGUGCCAGCCCUACAGCUGGAUUUCUCGGUAGUGGUAGCGCUACUGGCAAUAGCCCCUCUGCAAGGACGCUAGCAGGGUUAGGAGGAGGAGGCACGGGGGCUAGUCCUGGGAGUGGCACUGGCAGUGCGAGUAUGUACACUGCUCCUCCUCUACCAUUCGUUCUUUACUUCCUUACUCCCUCUCAUCGUUUUACCUCUUCUUCCUUCCUCCCUCCCUCCCUCUCUCCCUCCCUCCCUCCCUCCCUCCCUCCCUCCCUCCCUCCCUCCCUCCCUCCCUCCCUCCCUCCCUCCCUCCCUCCCUCCCUCCCUCCCUCCCUCCCUCCCUCCCUCCCUCCCUCCCUCCCUCCCUCCCUCCCACCCUCCCUCCCUCCCACCCUCCCUCCCUCCCUCCCUCCCUCCCUCCCUCCCUCCCUCCCUCCCUCCCUCCCUCCCUCCCUCCCUCCCUCCCUCCCUCCCUCCCUCCCUCUUCCCCGCCCUCCUGUCUUGGGUCCGGGGAACCACGGCAGCAACUGGCAUGAUAUUCCUCUGAGGACGUCCAUCCCCGAGAGCAUCAGCGCCCUCUCACGCCUCACUCUGCUAGACCUGGGCAACACACGGCUGUAUGGAUCCCUACCCAGCAUCAUGAGCACUCUAUCCACCUUACAGGACCUGAGCCUGGGAAACAACUCUCUCACAGGGAGCAUUCCUGCAUGGGUCGCCAACUUGACGGCACUCACUGCUCUGCAGCUGGACAGAAACGAGUUCACUGGCGGCGUGCCGUCGGAGCUAGCCACACUCACCAACCUGCGCACUCUGAGGCUGGGAUUCAACGACAUCACAGGGCAACUACCUGAUGCCUUCAGCGCCCUCACCAACCUCAACAAAUUAGGACUAGCGGAGACGCAGCUGUCAGGCUCAGUGCCAGGCAUCUCUCGCAUGACAUCCCUCACCGAACUCCACCUGGCAGCGGACAUGGAUUGCCCCGAGAUCUUUAGCGGUUGCUCGGUGGAGUGCUGGGAAGACUUGAGUCGGUGCUUCUUGUUUUGUAGUGCCUGCACCUUUGGCCAUAUACCCAUUCCCUUUUACCCGUCUCCCAAACCUUCUCCAUCGCCCAUUCCUCCUCUUAUUCCUCCUACUCCCCCCUCCACGCCCCCGCCCAUCACAUCUCCUCCUUCAUCAUCCCCUCCCUCCGCCGCGGCCCCCUCCAUCAUAUCGCCAGCCCCGCCCAGCUCAUCACCUCCCAGUGCUCCACCCGCGCCUGCAAGCGAUGGGUCACCCGCGCCUGCAAGCGAUGGGUCACCCGCGCCUGCAAGCGAUGGGUCACCCGCGCCUGCAAGUAAUGAAUCACCCGCACCUGCAAGCGCAGAGGCAUCGGCGCCUGCAAGUGAUGAAGCACCCGGCUCUCAAGAACCCAGCCCGCAACCAACCUCCCCUUCCCCGGGCCUGCCACAGCCUCCUGCUCCUCCAUCCGCCCCUCCCACUGCGUCUCCCCCGCCCCCUAACCUCCCUCCAGGCAGUGCCCCCGCGCCUGGUCCUCCUGUCUCGGGCUCUGCAAUCUCACCAGUAACCUCUGCAGCAGGCGCCGCCGCAGCAGCAGCAGCGGGAGCAGCAGCAGCAGCAUCAGCAGCGGCAGCAGCACGCGCAUCACCAGAGAGGCCAGUCCGAGAGCUGACCAUGGGGGAGGUGAAGGUGGCAACAGAUAACUGGGCGAGAAGCGGCCGCAUGGUCACACGAGGCUCGUUUGAUGUGUACCGCGGGUUUGACCCCAGCAACCCUGCUGUGCCGUGGGCCGUGUGCCGCGCUCGCGUGCUCAGCAACACGUUCCGGCAAUCGGUGGAGCGCAUGGGGGCGGUGCGGCACGCAAACGUGGUGCGGCUGGUGGGGUUCUGCAUGGAAAUGACGCCCAGCGCGCUGCAGAUGGAGCAGGUCACCGUCUACCCCCUCUUCCCUCACGGCGACCUCGAGAAACGCCUCCGCCCAGGUCCGCCCCACUUCCCCCCCUGCUCCCUCCCUCCCUCCCUCCCUCCCUCCCUCUCUCCCUCCCUCCCUCCCUCCCUCCCUCCCUCCCUCCCUCCCUCCCUCCCUCUCCCCUUUCUUCUCUCCCUCACUCCCUUCCCCGCUCGCUCACAUGUCACCCUAAUCCUCCCAAGUCGCCUCAUGUCUCCCCACACCUUCCCCACACCUUCCCCACACCUUCCCCACACCUUUCCCACACCUUUCCAACAGCCCCAUAUAGUGGACUACGGGUUCAUCAAGUCAGCCCAGGAGGGCACGGUAGACAGGGACAGGGCGGUGGGCACACCGGGCUACCUGGAUCCUGCCUAUGCCAAGUCGCUCACUGCUGCACCCUCUGCUGAUGUGUACAGUUUCGGGGUGGUGAUACUGGAGGUGGUGUCAGGGCACAAGUGCUUCUUCCGGGAUGGGGACAGGCUUGUACCCCUCCCUCAGUGGGCAUCCCAAAAGGUGGACAGUAACGCACUCAUGGAGGUGUGUGAUGCGUCUCUACACAUCCCCACGGACACAGCACAGGACCUCGUGCUGCUUGCCCUGCGCUGCACCGCCAUUGCUCCGGACCUGCGCCCCACCAUGGCCGAAGUGGCGCGGGAGUUGGAGGUGCUGUUGGAGCGGUGCAGAGUGGUGCCGGUGGGAGGGGAGAGGGACCAUGCGGUGGUGGAUGUGCAGGAAGAGCAGGAAGCUAAAGCGCUGAACCAGCUGAAAUGGAACGCAAGCGGUAUCCUGUGCGACUCCGGCAAUGUCGUCAGAAUAGAUAUGAUGGGUCAGGGGCUGAGCGGACCCAUUCCGGAGUCUCUGAGCGCCUUGGACACGCUUACUACUCUGAUUUUGGCAUCAAACAGCUUGACACAGUUCAACGCCACCAACCUUCCCUCAAGCCUGCAGCUCUUGGGCUUAGCAAACAACAAAUUCAAUCACCCCAUUCCAACAGACAUCGGGAGGUUGUCACUCCUCACCUUCUUGAACCUGAGUUCCAACAACAUGAAUGAGUCUAUCCCGAGCAGCAUUGUUCAGCUUACCAGCCUUAAAGAUCUGGACCUGUCAAACAACCUACUCGAAGGAUCCAUCCCUCCUGAUGUUUCCAACGUGGCUGGCCUCUCGCACCUGAACCUGAGCUUCAACAGCAUAAGGAGUUCUAUUCCAGGCAGCAUGUGCCAACUGCGUGCCCUCACCAGUUUGGACCUUUCGCACAACCAGCUCUCAGAAUCCAUCCCUACUGAGAUUGGCAAUGCGACCAGCCUCUCCCACCUGAACGUGAGCUACAACAGCAUAAGUGGGGCCAUUCCAGGCACCAUAGGCCAGCUGCUGGCUCUCAAGGACCUGGACCUCUCGCACAACCAGCUCUCAGGAAUCCCUCCUGAGAUUGGCACUGCGACCAGCCUCUCCCACCUCGACCUCUCACACAACAAGCUUACAAGCUCCAUCCCAUCUGAACUUUCCAAGGCCGUCCGCCUCUCAUACCUCAACCUGGGCAGCAACUCUCUUAAUGGGUCUAUUCCCGAAAAUCUGAAGCAGCUGCCGAUCCUUCAAUUCCUCUUCUUGCAAGACAACGGCCUGUUCGGGCCCGUAACAAACAACAUUGGCGCACUCCGUCAACUAAGAGAGCUCAACCUCGCAAACAACAAGCUGUCUGGGUCCAUCCCUUUAGAACUUUCCCGCCUCGACAACCUUUCACAACUCCUCCUGCAGAACAAUGGUCUUAAUGGAUCCAUUCCCGAACGCAUUGGAAAUCUAACAAAUCUAGUGCGACUGGACCUGUCCAACAACCAGCUGUCAGGACCCAUCCCAUCCGAGCUCUCCAAUCUUCGCAACCUCACCCACCUGGAUUUGGCGGGCAACAACAACAUAAAUGGCACUAUCCCAAGCGAAAUGAGUGUUCUGGGCCAGCGCUUGGAAUUCUUCCUCCCAGUCAUCUUCUGCCCGUCAUCAGGCCAAUUCUACGCGUGUGAAACUCAGGACUCUGUCUGUCGCUGCACAGUGGGUUCUGCACCACCGUCCGAAUCACCACCGUCUGUCCCCCCACCAGCCCCCGCGCCUGACACACAAUCCUCCUCCUCCUCCUCGCUCUCCACCGCUGCCAUUGCGGGCAUUGCCGUUGGUGCUGCAUUCGGAGUGGCGGCGCUGGUGGCUCUGCUGCUGCUCGUGGUGUGGCGCUACUGCGGCACUGCCCGUGCUGCUGUGGCGGUGCGCGCAUCAACCCCCGGGGCGGCCUUCAGGGAGUUCACAUUGGACGAGGUGCGGGCAGCCACGGACAACUGGGCGGAGGCCAACAGCCUGGGGGCGCGCGGGUUCAACGAUGUGUACAGGGGCGUGGACCCCUACAAUGAGGGCCUCGUGCUCACUGUCAGCCGCGCCCGCGUCCUCGCUAAUAACUUCAAAAAAGCUGUGGAGCGCAUGGGGGCGGUGCGGCACGCAAACGUGGUGCGGCUGGUGGGGUUCUGCAUGGAAAUGACGCCCAGCGCGCUGGAGCAGGUCACCCUCUACCCCUUUUUCCCUCACGGCGACCUCGAGAAACGCCUCCGGCCAGGCGCACAGGCGCCCCUGAGUCUGGGCGAGAGGGUGGGCAUUCUGGCGGGGGUGGCGAGGGGGCUGGAGUGUCUGCAUGCGAGUGGCAUCGUGCACCGCGAUGUCAAGCCCUCCAACGUCCUCCUCGACCAACACCUCCAGCCUCAACUAGUAGAUGCUGGGUUUGUGAGGGUGGUGGAGAGCGGUGGGGAGGAUGGUGCAAGAGUGGUGGGCACGCCAGGCUACGUGGAUCCUUCCUAUGCCAAGACACAUGUGGCAACCCCUCAGUCUGAUGUAUACAGUUUCGGUGUGGUGAUGCUGGAGGUGCUCACUGGUCGCAGGGCUAUCCUUGUGGUUACCGACCGCCAGAUGUCAAUCAGUCAGUGGGCGUCCCAGCACGUGGAUGCGAACGACAUAGCGGCUUUAAGGGACCCGGAGAUGCCCAUCGCUUACGACAUGCUGCGCCGCCUUGUCUCGCUCGCCCUCUCCUGCACCACCACGCUGCCGUCCAUGCGCCCGCGCCUCUCUCACGUGCGCGAGCAGUUAGAAGCGGUAAGGCGGUCCCUGCCGCCGGCAGCCCCAGUGCAACCCGCCCCUGCUCCUGCUCCUGCCAAUGCUCCCCUGCAGGGAGAUAUGGAGCAGGGUUUGCUGGAUGAACCCUAG